AUGGAAUACGUCCUACAAGCGGGACGCAGUUUGGGCAAUGGCAUGUGCAGAGUUGCGUGUGCCCUUGCACGUGGAACUCGGAGAAUAUUAGCUUAUGUUCCACUAUUGGGCAUUACCGCAGUUCCGGUAGAUGAGCAGGAUACAGAUCUACCCACGGGUGGCGAAGAUGCAGAGAAUGCAACGGCCGCCACAAGCAGUCCGGUGGAGGAGAAAUCAGCGACAAGCAGUCCCUCAACGGACGAGCAGGCAGCCUCGCCGACAGCAGCAGUCACGGCCGAGCCGAAGGAAGAAGCUGCCGCAGUGUCGCCAACAGCAGCCGCCGUAGCUGUUAGUCCGGUCGAGGAAAAGAAAAAGGAACCCACUCCCUCCGCCCCCACUCCCGUCCCGUCCGUCGAGGAUAAGAAAGAGGAGGCGGUUGAAAAAGUCGAGGCCGAGAAAAAAGUAGUCGAGGUCAGUCAGUCAGCCGGCGGUCACUCCGUAGCGGACCCGGUAGAGAUCCCCGUCUACCGAGUCCAGCCAGUCGCGACGCCGUCUAUCAUUGAGAGGAAAGCCAGUGAGGACCUCCCGUCCCUGCCCCCAUCCAGUCCACCGCCGACUCCCAUAGAUCCGUCGCCUUUACAGCAGGCUCGGCAGGCCGCGGCGAACGCCACAGCCCUGGCCGAGGCGCUCAAGCUGCCUGCCGUGGCUGCCGAUAAGGAGGAAUCGACACCGCCGGCAUCACCGGCACCACCACUUGACGUCGCGUCACACCCGUCGUCUCGCGAAGACAUUCUUCCCCAAGAGAACCGCGCAAAUGAAUCCACCACCGUUGCUGUCGCGUCCCCCACAUCACUCGAUUCCUCCACCGACAACUUACUCCCGACGGAAGCGACUUUUGUCCUCGCGAAAGUAGAGUGCCUACCGGUGGUAGAGACCGAGAUCGAAGUUGAAACGUCUCAAGAUAUUGCGAAAAAAAUAAGGGAGACAUUAGAAAGUAACCGUGAUAAUAAGGAAAAAAUGCUGGAGAUAGAUAACGACAUCACGAUGAAGGAGAAAGUAUAUAAGUGUCAGAAAAGUGAGGCAAAUUGGUCGAGGGAAACUCCGUCUCUUGCGAUGGAAUGCGAUAGAAAUGCACAGAGCAAAGGUGUAGAAAAAGUUCCUGAUAUUGUUGCGAUGGCUAAAAUUGUGAAUGAGGCUUUACCAGUGGAGUGUCAAACAAAGAGCGAGAUAAAUAGCUGUGAAGUUCCGAUGAAGAUAAAUGUACCGCCUACCAUCGAACAUAAAGUCGAGGCUGAAACGUUAUCGUCGGCUGAGAUUGAAACAAAAGAUGCCCGUCCGGCGGUAAAGCAAUAUUUAUUAUCUGAAAAUAUAAAGAAUUCUCCAGAUAAAACGCAGCGUAUAGAAUCAAUUGCGAAAUUGUCAGACUCGGAUCUUCCUUCUAUUGAAAAAUGUGUGUUUAUUGACACAACAAAAUCAUCGGAAGUUAGUUCUAUAGUCUUUGCAAAGUCGAUCGAAAGUUCAUCAAAGGAGUUGGAGCAGUCGUCAGUGGUAGAAAUUGUGGAACAAUCGAGCGAAAUACCGAUUGAAUAUGAACACGAUUAUGCAAAACUGAAAGAAAUCAAGGAAGAAGAAGGAAUCUCGUCGACACCUUCACCGAUUGAGCUAUUUAUAAAUUCCGAGGAGGGUCCAUUGUCAGUUUCAGAGGAUAUUUUGGUAGAAGCCAGGCCUGCGUUGAUUAUUCCAGAAGAUGACAGUGUGGAAGAGCUUACCGACACCACUGAAUCCGUCAAGGUGAUUCCCGAAACUGACGAAGAGAAACUGGAGAUUGAGCUUGAAUCGGACAUUACGACGUUACCUAUGGAAGAAACUUUGAUUUCAGAAGAAUUAGAUAUUUUUGUUCCGGAAAACCCAGCAGUUGAGCUAUUAACUGAAUUUGUCAUAUCUGAUAUGAGAAACAAAAUGGAAACAGUCAGUGAAGUUGAAGAUACGUUGCCAUGUCCGCCUGAAGAGUUAACCGCAUUCAACUCUCAAACAUUCGAGUUUCAAAAUACAAGUGCAAUUGAGACAGAACCAGUUGUUAACAAAGAAGAACCUAUCGCAAUAUCUUCUUCAGUUGUUGAGGCAGAACCGUUUAUGACAUCCUCUUUGCAACUUGAGCAAACCGAGGAGAUCAAAAGGUGUCUUCUUUCAUCAAAGGAUCGCUUAACAUCGCCGGAAUUCUGUCCCUUAGAUGAUAUAGAAUCAGUACCGUCAGAGGCUCCGACGUGUUCCCUCUCAGAAAAGCACUUGAGCGAACCUCAGACGCUAGCUCUCUCGCCCGAACCCGAAAAUGUACUUAUCUCUUUGGAAGAUCUACCCCCGGCGCCUGAAGACACGGGGACGCAGAGCUUAGAUUCCUUCGAUUAUCCUUUACCACCGGAAGAACUCUCUUGUCCAUUAUUAUUGAUUCCUCCUGCGAAUAUAUCCAUAGAUGAAUUACCACCAGCUCCCGUCGAGCACGUAGCCAACCCAAGAGACCCGACAGAGACGCUCCUUACGCCGCCCUUAAGUCCUAACUUCCAACAGUCUAGUGUCACACCCGGCAUCGCGACAGAAAUCGCCACGAAAGACCGCUCGCAAAUUCCCUCAUACGACGAAGACGACAGCAGCAAUCGUGAACAAUCGAUGUUGCUGAGCGAACCGCUGACGAUGUCACGUGAUCAAUCAUUGAACAUUGAGUUGAAGGAGAGACUGGCGACCGAGUGCGUAGUGAAGACCGAAAGCCAGGAAGAGGCCUUGUCGUGUCAGUUGUCGAACUCCAUCCCGUCGACUGCCGUCAAGGAGCAUCACCAGAACGCUCCGGAAGUUGAGGCGCCGGUAGAAAACAAUGUCGCCCACGAUGUUAGUACGACGGAGAGUGUCGAUGAAGCUCCCAAAGUUGCACCACCAGUUGUCCCGACUGAAGCACCCACCUCCCCGCCAACAGCACCAGCUAUCACUGAGGACGUCGCCUCUGUCACCAAGGCCAUCGAGGAGAUCGACAUAAGUGAUAAAGCAGUCGCGGCGGCAGUGAACGAAGCUAUCGAAUGCAACACGAAUGAAAUCAUCGCUGACGCGCACCACCAAAACAACAUAAACGAAUAAGCGCCACUAAUCGAAUUGUAUUUUGGAAAGAAGAAAGUUCUUUUCUCUCGUUAAAACCAAAAAAGUAUAUUAUAUAGAUAUGUAUAUUUGGACCAUUCCUGCAACAGAAAAUAACGUUCUUUCGUUACGAGCAGCAAAAGGGAAAAACGGGGCGACGACGAUGAUGACGAUGACGAUGACGAUGACGAUGACGAUAACGAUGACGAUAACGACGACCGCGGCAUCGCGAGAGCAUAUAGACUCUAUAGGCCUAUUAAUUAUUAGAUGAUGUUUAACGGUAGGACAAACGAGAAUACGUGCAUGAAAGUUUAUGAUUGUUUAUUCAAGAACUAUUUACGUUCAUGAGGUCAUACAUUACGUGAACGUAUUCUGGAAUAGCACACAUAACGUUACGUGCAUGGUCUCUUUCACUGAUUAAAUGAUGUUCGUUUCAUUCCUUGUGGCGCGCGGGAAGGCCUUUAAGGCGCCGAAAUACUUUCGGAUCUUGUCUAGCUGCAGGUUACAACGAUCGUCCCUGCUGUGUAGAAAUUUUUAAAGUAUCAUUAACUGUUAUUGAAAUAAAGUCUAAUGCUCGAACAUCGCGCGACGGACAAGCGAUAAAAGCGAUUAAGAUCGUCGAGACGAUAGGGCGAGAAUCGUUCGUCGCGCAUUCCAGAGGAAAUACUCAUUGGAUGGCGCCCUCCCGUAAUUACAUAACUAUUGUACUCUAUGAGAAAGCGAAAGAGUGUGAACGAGAAUGAAAGAGACAGAAAGAAAGAGAGAGCAUGAAAGAGAAUG